UCGACAAAGGACCACGUGAUCGCCGGGCGGGGGUGGCAGGCGACAUUUCGCAUGCUCAGAACUCCACAGGCUGCAGCCGCAGAGCAAGAGAGAGAAAACAGUCGACGGACAGCAUCGCACCGGGAAGGAAACGAGCAAACGGCCACCAAACUCGAAGCCCCGACUGACGUGUGUGCUGCUGGCCGACAGUUUUGCCAUAUUCCAAGACAGCCAAAGAGAGACAAGACGCGGGACAAUUCUGACGGAAUAAAUAUUUAAUAAAUACACGGUAUUUCAAAUCGUAGCACUGCGCAAGUAUCCAUUUUAAAAAAGCCGGGAAAAAGUUUUCAAAUAUCAUCGCGUUUCGAACAAAUUCUUUAUUUUUUUUUCUUCUCUCCGAAACAAUUCCUACGAAUCCGUGCUAAAUCAAGGAUAAACACUACUGACGAAUAAUUUUCGACAACCCGUGUAUAGUGAGUGAUAAGUGAAAAUACUCGGCGAAUUUCUUUCAUCGUGAAUGAGCGGCUAAUAAACAGCGGAGCUUGUGCGUGAGAAAAGCUCGAAAGGUGAUUUUUCCCAGUGUAACAUACGAGCUCUUUUCCUCGCCCGUGUCUUCCGACUUUCCGUCCCGUUGUCCAAGCAGGCGCAGCAGUCAGACAAAACAGUGAAGAAACAAACUUUUUGUUAUCUUUUUUUAAUUGCUUUUAAUCGUUGCUCGGGCAGCAUUGCAAUUCCUACUUGUUAUUUAUUUUGACGAUAAGCACCGUCGCAGUUUUACGCGUUCGAUAUGGAGCGACUCGAAUGCAUUCACGAGCAACCGAAUCAAAUGUUCGAGUGCAACGGCGGCAAAAAAAAUUAAGCGGACUUGGGAUACAUCAAGGGGAAGAAGACACGUUUGUUAACUGCAAUCAACGAGGUCGAGUUUUUGUGUGAAAAAAAUAAGCGCAAAGGACUUGAAAAAGAGUUCUCGUUGUGAUUGAUGCGGGAUAUUUGCGCGAAAGAGAGAGGCAGCAGGCGAAAAAAAAAUCUCGAAUCAGGGAUGAGGCUCAGGCGUGAAACCUCCGGAGGCGGGAACAUCAGCCAUCAUCGAUAAUACCGCCGCCGCCGCCGCCGCCACUCUGUAUCAUCCCGGAACACAAAAGCUGCCACUCCUGCUGCCCCUCGAAGAGUGGAUAACCACCGAAUUUUCCUCCUUUCUGUUUUUUACCGACAAAAAUAACGGCCACGACCGGCCAACCAGCAGGAGGAAACGUGUGCUAUGUUAACCGAAGACAAUGACCCGACAAAACCGGCAGUGGUUUUAGACAAUGUUGGCAACGUGUCUUCGUCGACGGAGCAAGCUUCGGUACAGCAUCCUCGCAAUCCGAACAACGAAUUUGUUGUAGAGGCCGAAGUAAAGAACGAAGUGCAGGAUUGUUCGGAGGGUGACAAUGUGCCCGGUGGUGAGCUGUACAUCGACGAAAAUGCGGAGGACAAGGAGCACGAGUACCCGGCGGAUUCGAUGGAAAAAGCGGACUACGGCGGCCUCUACGGAGCGAAUUCAUAUUACAACAGCCUUUACAACUCGCCGAGUUACGCUUCGGCAACAGUAUCGAAAAACUCGUCGACUCUACAGAGCUCGUAUCUGAGCUCGUAUAAUUCUCCAUCUUCGAUGCCGCAGUACACGCCGUAUCCUGGUUACAACAGCAGCGGGACAACUUUUCCCACUGUACCUCAAAAUAUAUCCUCCGUUUCUCAAAAGUUGGACUACAGUGCGUACAGUAACAGCCUGUACGGAAAUGACAGAGUACCGAUUCAGUAUUCCGGGUAUUAUCCGAUGCCGGGUUAUCACUCAGCGCCAACGUCCUUCAAUAUCAGCAAUUUGAACUUUGCCGAUCCAACGAAGACGGGUUUAACGCUGGACACGACGACAACGGCGCAUGAAACGGCCGAUCCAACUUGCCGAGAAAUCACCAACAUCGAAGGGGCAUCCGCGAAGCCUUGUCGACGAGGAAGAAGACAAAGCGGAAGUGGAAACAGUAUUGGCUCGGCUGAUACGAGCGAAGCCGGACCUGACCGGAUAUUCAUUUGGGACCUUGACGAAACCAUAGUCGUCUUCAAUUCGUUAUUGACCGGCCAAUUUGCGACGAAACAUGCCAAGGAUCCGGCACCCCUCGCUCAGCUCGCUUACAGAAUGGAGGAGAUGAUAUUCAAUUUGGCUGAUUCUCACUUUUUCUUUAACGAUGUGGAGUUACUGAUCCAACAGGACUGCGACCAAGUUCACAUAGAGGAUGUUGCGUCGGACGACAACGGUCAGGAUCUGUCGUCGUACAACUUUGGAGCGGAUGGAUUUCAAUGCGCGUCGGCGAACAAUGGAAUUUGCCUGGCUUCCGGUGUUCGGGGUGGCGUUGAUUGGAUGAGAAAACUGGCUUUUCGUUAUCGGAAAAUCAAAGAAAUAUAUUGUAAUUAUCGGAACAAUGUUGGGGGCUUGUUGGGAGUCGCGAAACGCGAGCAGUGGCUUCAAUUGCGUUCCGAAAUAGAAUUGUUGACCGACAACUGGUUAACUUCCGCCGUAAAGUGUCUCAAUUUGAUAAACAAGCGGGGACACUGCGUCAACAUACUCGUGACGACGACGCAGCUUGUACCUGCUCUCUCCAAGAUUUUGCUGUUUGGAAUCGGUGGAAUAUUUCCCAUCGAGAAUAUUUAUUCGGCAACUAAAAUAGGAAAAGAGAGCUGUUUCGGACGAGUCGUCGCGCGUUUCGGUCGACGUUGUACGUACGUCGUUGUCGGGGACGGAUCCGACGAAGAGACAGCAGCUCGUGCUCACAAUUUUCCUUUCUGGAGAAUAAACAGCCACGCCGACACACAGAAUCUUUACAACGCACUGGAAAUGGGUUUUCUAUAAGUAUGUUUGCGCGAGUGAUGCGAUUGUCGAAAAAUUGUAGCCGGUGGUCGUGGAAUCAAACCCGCUGCUGCCGACGCUUAGAAAUGGGCACAUCAAAUUCUCUCUUUUUCCCAUUUUCCUAUAGUCAAUUUCAAAUUCACACGGAUUUUCCCGAAUCAAAUAUUUUUUAAACUAUUUUUUCUCACUUAUUCAAAUUUUUAUACAAUUUAUUUCGCGUUUAUGCUUUGCUUAUUUUUCAAUGCGAAUUUCGACAAAAGGUUGUACAUUAAAUAUAUAUUAUACGAGUGAACGUGCCCAUCUCUGAAACAGCGAGUAAAGCGAUAGUUGGAACGCAGUUUUAAAUUGCGUAUGACGGGCACGCCAAGAUUUGUUGAUUAAUGUGAAAGCGGGGAUUCUCGCAACAUUCCUAUUACAUAUAUUUAUACUACCGUGCGUCGACAGACCAGCCAACAACAUCAAUAUCUAUAAAUAAUAGAUAAAUUAUAAGUUUGAUAAUACGUAGCCGAAUACGGAGGUGAUUGGCCUUUGCUUGUGUCAGAGUUGGCAGCUGAAUGCUACGAUCAAAUAUAUUUACAGAUGCAA